AACAAUCCCUUUCUAUAAGCCCGGUUCAUAGGCCCAUUCCUUGCUGCUUCUCGUUUCUCCGUUUCAUACUCCGGUUCGUUUGUAUCUCUGAUCAUAAUCAAUCAGGCGUUGAAUCAAAUUUCGUUUCGCACGAAGAUGCUCAGUAUUUCGUGCACAAUUAUUCAAAAUCCCAGCUGAUAAAGGCAUGCCCAGCAGCGUUACUAUCGUUACUUUAAUCAGGAAACGACUGGGCUCAAAAGGGUUCUCCCAAAUUCGACACUUUUCAGUUAUCAACCCAAGAAAAGCACCCGAAAACGAGCAGGAGUCAGCGAUUGAACCGCCAAUUCAUGAAGACAUUUUCAAAUCCGGUCAGAAAUUGGGUUCCUUUAGAGUGGGUGAUUCGACAUUUUACACCCUCAUUGAGAACUUCGCAAAAACAGGAGACUUCAUAUCGUUGGAGAAGGUUUUUAGCCAAAUGAAGCGUGAAAGAAGAGUGUUUAUAGAGAGAAAUUUUAUAUUAGUAUUCAAAGCUUACGGGAAAGCAAAAAAACCGAUGAAAGCCCUAGACUUGUUUGAUAAAAUGUGGGUCGAGUACCAAUGCAGACCAAGUGUUCGAUCAUUUAACUCAGUGAUUAAUGUAGUCAUACAAGAGGUCUUAUGUAGAUUAGACCUCAUUGACAGAGCUAUCCAGACCUUCAGAGAGAUGCCACUUAAAAAAUGCACCCCAGAUGUGUUUACAUAUUGCACUUUAAUGGAUGGAUUAUGCAAAGAAGAUAGAAUCAACGAAGCUGUUUGUCUCUUGGAUGAAAUGCAAGUCGAAGGUUGCUUCCCAAAUGCUGCAACCUUCAAUGUCUUGAUUAAUGGUUUGUGCAAGAAAGGUGACUUAUCACGUGCUUCUAAGGUUGUAGAUAACAUGUUUCUCAAAGGGUGUGUCCCAAAUGAAGUAACUUACAACACCCUUAUACAUGGUCUCUGCCUAAAGGGUAAAUUAGACAAAGCUGUUAAUCUUUUGGACAGAAUGGUUAAGGCUAAAUGUGUCCCUAAUGAUAUUACAUACUCUACAAUCAUCAAUGGGUUAGUGAAGCAAGGAAGAGCUAGUGAUGCUGCAUCUAUGUCAAUCUCUCUUGAAGAAAGAGGACUUCCUGCAAAUCAUUAUGUUUAUUCAACACUUAUAAGUGGUUUAUUCAAAGAGGGGAAACCCGAAAAGGCGAUGAAUUUAUGGAAACAGAUGAUUAGUAAAGGGUGCAAACCGAAUACUGUGGUCUACAGUACUCUGAUAGAUGGUUUAUGUAGAGAAAUGAAACCAGAUGAAGCUAUGGAUGUUCUUGACGAAAUGAAAAAGAUAGGUUGUGAGGCGAAUGCAUUCAUAUACAGCUCCCUGAUGAAGGGUUUUUUCAAAAAAGGUGACACUGAUAAAGCUCUUGAGAUAUGGAAAGAAGCUGAAAGUCAAAACUGUGGUCAAAAUGAGGUUUGUUAUAGUGUAAUCAUUCAUGGACUAUGUAACAAUGGGAAGGUGAAAGAAGCUACAACAUUUUGGGAGAAUAUGUUGUCAAAAGGGUAUAAACUUGAUGUUGUUCUUUACACUUCUCUGAUUCAUGGGCUAUGUAACAAUGGGUUUCUUGAAGAAAGUUUGAAACUUUUUAAUGAGAUGAUUUGUGAAGGUUCUGGGAUUCAACCAGAUGUAGUGACUUACAACAUUCUUUUUGAUUGUUUGUGUAAGAAUGGUUUUGUUUCACGUGCUAUUGAUUUGCUAAAUUGUAUGAUUGAUCAAGGGUGUGAUCCGGAUUUGGUUACUUGUAAUAUAUUCUUGAAAAUGAUAAAAGAUGGGAUGGAUGAUGUCGAAGAUGGGAGUGAGUUUCUUGAAGAACUUGUGGUUAGGCUUCAUAAGAGAAAACGGGUUGUGGGGGCCACAAAGAUUAUUGAGGUGAUGAUUGGAAAAUAUUUUAUGCCAAAAGAAUCGACAUGGGAAAUUGUUGUUCAAGAUGUUUGUAAACCGAAGAGGAUUCGAGCUGCUAUUGAUAGAUGUUGGAAUGAUCUUUAUGUUCAAUGAUAGAGUUGAUUGAUUUGUAUUUUCUUGUUUUUUUUUUUUGCUCUAUUUCAUCAUUCAUUGUUGUAAAAUAUGCAAUACAAACC